AUGGCAUCUAAUGCACUCCCUACAUCAUGGCACUCCGGACCAGAUGAUUCAUUCCACGGCAAGAUCACAACAGAUGGCCCGUUCAAGCCUGAGAAAGACCGCUACCAUCUGUACAUCGGCCUCUUCUGCCCUUUUGCUCAUCGAGCGAACUUCGUCCUCCACCUCAAACAGCUCGACAAAUACGCAGGCAUCGAGACGAGCAUCGUAAAGCCGUACCCCAAGGGUGACGAUAAAGGGUGGCCAGGCUGGCGGUUUAAUCACAAAGAUGAGACGGAAUAUGAUGGCGCUACAGAGGACAAGCUCUUCGGUAGUCAAUUCAUGCACGAGGUUUAUUUCAAAGCGGAUAAAGAGUACAAGGGACGGUACAGCGUGCCUGUACUUUGGGACAAGAAGCUCAACACGAUUGUGAACAACGAGAGCCAUGAGUUGAUGCGGGAUCUACAGCAUGCUUUCGAUGAACUAUUGCCGAAAGAGCUGCGAGAUAUCACCCUCUAUCCUGACGGAUCGAGAAAAGAGAUCGAUCACUUAGGCGAACAGCUGCAGAAGGACCUGAACACGGGUGUCUACAAAGCAGGCUUUGCUCCGGAUCAGAAGACAUACGAGACCAACCUUCCACCAGUCUUCGCCAUGGUCAACAAACUCGAAAAGGUCGCGCACAAGAGCGGCGGUCCAUACAUCCUAGGCAAACAAAUGACUGAAGUCGACGUCCGCGUCUUCGCAACCAUCAUCCGCUUCGACACCGUCUACGUCCAGCACUUCAAAUGCAACCUCGGUACGAUUCGAUACUCCUAUCCGGUGCUGAAGAAUUGGUUGAAGGGGAUGUACUGGAAUCAUGAGGUUGCAAGAGUGACGACGGAUUUCAGGCAUAUCAAGGAGAAUUAUACCAAGAGCCAUUUUGAUAUCAACCCGAAGGCUAUCACGCCGGUGGGACCUUGGCCGAGUAUUGAGAAGGGAUAUGAAGAGAACUGGGGGAAGCUGAGGGUGGGUGAGAUUGAUAUGCCAGAGGUGUUGGAGUAUGAGAAGAAGUUGGGAUAA